AUGUCGUUCCAAGUUCCUCAAAACAAGUGUUCCUUGGACGUGAAAGAUCUAGGCCGACUCGACGGCUGGCAUUAUGCAGAUGGAGUGCAGCAGUACUGCGGUAUUCCAUACGCAGAUCUCCAAAAACGCUGGACCCGAUCUGUAUUGAAGACAUCCUGGCCGAACGAAUAUCACGACGGCACGCAGUUGGGGAAUAAUUGUCCCCGGCCACGAGUCUCUGACAGUGAUUCAAACCCAACCAACCCUUUCAUUCCAGUUCCAGCAAAUCCAACUUUCACACGCCAGCCCGUUAGUGAUGAGCAGACCGCUUUGGUCCUGAAUGUCUCGACAGCGCAUAGUCUGGACAAGCAAAAUCAAAAGCUGCCCGUUGUUGUUUUUGUCCAUGGCGGGUCGCUUUUAUUUGGCAGCUCAAACUAUGGCAUUUACGAUACUCUGAAUCUGGCAUCACACAGCAAAUCUGUUGGACUUCCCCUUGUGAUUGUCAGCAUGAACUACAGACUGGGUCUGGGUGGAUUUCUUGCCUGCUCAAAGAUCGGAGAAGAACUCAAACAAGACGGGUUUACCGGUAAUGGAAACUUUGGCUUCACAGAUCAAGUGGUCGCUACGGAAUGGGUGCAGAAGUACAUUGCGAAUUUCGGCGGAGAUCCUGACAACGUAACUGUUGUGGGUCAGUCAGCUGGAGGUGUAUCGAUUGGACAUCAUCUGGCUUCGAAUCAUCCGAUGAAGUUCCAUCGUGCCGUGUGCAUGUCCGGCCUUGGGCUGUCACUGCGCGCGAUCACGUUAGAAGGACAUGAGAAACUGUUCGAUGAUUCGUGUCGCUAUUUCAAAAUCGACCCAUAUGCACCUGAUGCCUUAGAUCAACUACGUAAGGUUGACCAGCAAGUACUUGCGGACGCAGACCCUCAUAUUCAAGGCGUGCCAGCUGGUACAGGAAAUCCAUGUCUUGAUGGAUGGUUUUACGCACAUGACCCUCAACAAUUGACCGAAGCACCAGCGUGGCUGAAAUCUUUCAUGGUAGGUGAUGUACAUGAUGAAGGUGUCAUUUUCAUCAUGAAUCUUAUGAAAGACUCGUAUGGCUCUGUUCGAAACACGAUCAUGAAGCAAGUGGGAGACGAGAAGUUUGUAGAUGCUGUAUUCCAAGAAUACGAAAUCACUUCAGACCUGCCACAUAAAGAGCUCAUAGAGAGGGUUUGCUUUAUGGCUGCAGAUUGCGUGUUCAAAAAAGAGAACUACGAGACUGCGAUUGUGAACAAGCGUCUCCGGGACGAGGGUGCACUAUUCAAAUAUCAUUUCGACCAGCGCUCCCGCAUACACAAUGCCUUAUUCGGACGAGCAUACCAUGGAAUUGACAUUCUUUACCUGUUCAGAAAUUUUGACACCGCGUUCAAUGCCGAAGAACGAGUUCUAGCAGGUGAUCUUCAAACUGCCUGGAUUCGCUUUGCAUAUGGCGAAGAACCAUGGCAAAAAGACACUGAUGCCAGUUUGUGGAAGGUGUGGGGACCGGAUUCAAAACAAAAGGUUGAGACAGAAGCGCAAGAUGAUGCCGUGCGCCAUUACGAUCGAUUCAAGCGACUGGAAACACUUGGUGCUGGUGGACUGUGGGCGAAGUACUUCAAAGGAUUAGAUUCCUUGAUCAUGAAGCGGGAUAAUGAAGGGAAAUUUUAG